AUGGAGAAGGACGAGGACUGGGUGCUUCUCGGCGAGAGCGACAGCGACGCCGACACCAUGCGGUUCGUCGACGGCAGCGGCUCGGAGACCGACAAUGGCAGCGAGAUGAGCUUCACCAUGGUGCAAAUCGGCGGAAGAUGUGCCGCUGCCGACAUCGACGAUGCAGCAGCUGAGACGCCCAUCGGCGGCGAGAACGAAGAGGAAGAGGAGGAGACCGAGGACGACGACGACUACUUCGACCUCAACCUCCAGGCUCUCGCGGGCGGCGAAACCAGCUUGAAGGACGACCCUGACGACUGUUUCGACCUCGAUCUGGUUGCUGGACUCCUCGGCAUUGGCAGUCCGGAAGCAGAGUCCGUGCGUGCCCACUGCGCCAAGAUUGACACGGAGAGUGAGGACGACGAGCACCCGGAGGAGCUCCCCCGUGCCAACAGCUACGACGACAUUGACACCGAGACCACCUGCUCUGACGCGUCGACGGGGAGCGACGACGACUACGAGUAUGACACCGAUGAGCAUCCAGACCAUGAUGAGUUCGUCCGUGCUGGCUUGGACGACAUUGACACCGAGAGCUUUUACACUCAGAGUUCAGAUGCGGCGGGAAGCGAUUAUAACUACGACGAUGACACCGUCGGGAGCGCUGACGCGGUGGGGAGCGAAGACGAAGGCGACGCUGACGAGCAGCAACCAGAUGAUCAUGAGAUGCUCCGUGCAGGCUGCGCCGAUGAUGGCAUUGGCACGGGACAACGUCUCGUGACCACGCCCGGGUUCUAUGAUGCCGCGGCAGCGCAGUCUUUCAGCUGCAGCAGACCCCGCGGCGGCCUCGCGAUGGGAUACCGCGACCUGUCGCGUCAACUCCAGAUGCUCGCAUUUGAAUCAAGCCUUGCAAUGGCCCCUGAUCCGGCGCUCAACAGCGGCGAAUGCCAUGACACUGGGAGCUCUGCCUCGACGGAGAGCGACGGCACAGAGAGCUCUGACGCGGAGCGCACCGGACGGCACCGCGUGACCUUGGCCGAGAUUUCCGGCGACGUGGUGGCGCAGUCUGGCUGCUGGAGCUACAACGACCGCUUGGCCAUGGGGCACAACGAUGUAUUGUCACGACAACUCCAGAUGCUCGCUUUUGAAUCAAGCAUUGCCAUGCCCCCUCGAGGGCUGGUCAGCUGCGAUGACACCGAGACCUCUGCCUCGACCGAGAGCUCUGAUGGCGACACGGAGAGCUCCGACGAGGAGGACACGGAGAGCUCCGAUGUGUCCGAGAGCGACGAGGAGGACACCGAGAGCUCCGACAUGUCGAAGAGCGACGAGCAGGACACAGAGAGCUCCGACGCGGCGAUGGAGCGGAGAGCUCUGAUACGGUGGAGGGCGAUGACAACGUCACGGCGUCAUGGGAUGCUCUGGAGCCGCGAAGGGGCUCACAACAACGAUGGAUCCGAGAACUUUGGCGCGGAAGGGAGAAACGACCAUGACGAUGAGGACACCGAAAACUCAGACACAGAGAGUGACGAGGAGGACACAGAGAGUUCCUCCGUGGCGGAGAGCGACCAGGAGGACACAGAGAGCUCUGACGCAGCGAUGGAGCGGAGUGCUCUGAUGCGGUGGAGGGCAAUGACAACGUCACGGCAUCAUGGGAUGCUCUGGUGCCGCGAAGGGGCUCACAACAACGAUGAGUUCGGGAAAUUUUGCACGGAGGGGAGCAGCAACCACGACGAGGACAUUGAAAACUCAGACACAAAGAGCGACGAGGAGGACACAGAGAGCUCCGACGCAGCGAUGGAGCGGAGAGCUCUAAUGCGGUGGAGGGCGAUGACAACGUCACGGCAUCAUGGGAUGCUCUGGCGCUGCGAAGGGGCUCACAACAACGAUGAGUCCGAGAAAUUUUGCGCGGAGGGGAGCAGCAACCACGAUGACGACGACAUCGAAAACUCAGACACAAAAAGAGCGACGAUGAGGACAAAGAGAGCUCCGACGCCGUGA